AUGGACAACAUGCACCAAUAUCAAAUCAUUGAUAGCUAUCUCCUAUCCAUACUCUCUUUGUCUUUCUUCUUUCUCUUCAUAUACCUCAAGUUCGACGCCGCUUGGUCAAAAAAUACGUGUUUGGUGGCCUUGGCUAUAGUAUGGAUAAUCCUAGAGCUGCUGGCCUUGAUUCUUUUUUCUCUUCAGAUGAGUGGAGUGGUCAAGGAUUCCUGGUCUCCUCAGGGUACUAUGUACGCGAUCUUGAUCACGCUAUCAUUAUGGGGGAUUGGAACAUUACAAGUCUUGGCGGUUAUAUUUCCGAUCGGGAAGGGCUUCGAUCUGGAGAUCUGGGUGAUGUGUGCCGUUGCCUUUGAGUGUAUUGAGGUUAUCAUCGUAGUGGCCUUGAUAUUCGUUCCUCAAGUCAAGGUUCACAGCGAAUUUGCGUGUAUCUUGCCUCCGCUGACAUCCCAAGUCGUAACAAUAGCGAUAAUGUAUCGUACUUGUGGGAUUCAAAGGCACAGCAUACCUAGACGUACGGCCGUUCACCAUUUCUGGGCUGGCUUAGCUGUGAUAAUCAUCUCCAUGGUUCUAGCUGGGCUUUCAGCCAGUAGAAAAUACCCGAGCCUUGGGUUCUUACAAGGCAUCCUUUUCAUGGAAAGUUCAGUCAUGGGUUUACGACCUGCAGAACAGAAGCGACGGAACUGGGGACUUGCAAAUGGGCAUCUGGGCAUCCCGCUGACUUCGCAUACGCCUCCCGACUCAACAUCAUCUCUCAGCGACGACAUUUGCCGGCCGGUGUCUUCUUACACGUCCUUUAACUCUCGCCCUUCUCCAUGCUAG